AUGACGACCAUCCACUGCAACAAUGGAGGGCCCCAGGGGGCACAGAGGAUCCUACAAAAUUUGUACAGAAGAAAAAAUGAUAAGGAACAACUAACCAUGAAUUUAACAGAAUUUAAAUUCUAUGAUUAUGAAACGAAAGAACUUAGAACCAUAGAACCAUCUCCCUGUAGGAAGUACAUAUGUAUAUGCGACUCCUUUGGGGUUAUAUAUGUAUACAAAUUUUUUAAGAAUGAGUUCUUGUACUUGAUGCAACUCCAUGCACACGUGUCGGAGAGCUCCAUCAUGUCAAUUAUGUGGAUUAGCAAAAAGAAUCGGAAAAAGAAGCAUUUGUUUAUGUUCAAUGAUUGGAAAGACUACGUUCUCGCUAUUACGACUCUGUGUGGUCAGAUCGUUCUGUACGAUUUAGAAAGCAAGAACAUACUCCAUAGUGUUUCAAGCAACGGGAGCAUCUCCUGUACCAAACUGAAUAACAGCCUUCAAUACUUGGGCGUUACCAAUUUGGAUGGGUACUUUUACCUGUACAACAUAUACAGUAACGUGGGGAGUCGGAUAUACAACUGCUUCGACCGCUUCCACGAGGGGGGCGCAGCCAACCACGAUGCCCACAACGUCAGCGACCUGAGCAACGUAAGCGAUGAUGCGUAUAACAGUGAAUAUAGUGAAAUCAGCCAGCGCAGUGAUGACGACGCGGAAGAACGACCGGGUAAAAGAAUAAAACUGUCCAGCGAUCUCACACAGUACGUGGAAGAAGAGGAGGAGAAGAAGAAGGAGGAGAAGAAGAAGGAGGAAGAGGACGCCUCGUCGCAGGGAGAAGAUGCAGAGAGUGCCCCAGCAGUGAACCCAAAAGGGUUGCACGUAUUCUCCCCCACAAGCCAAAAAAGAGAAAAGAAUAAACAAACUGGUGAAAAAACGUUUAACAUAUUUAUUACGAAUAGAUUCAAAUGUAAGGAGAAGUUGGUGUGUCUGUACUUUGUGGAUGAGCUGAAGAAUACGGAGGUUCUAUUAAGAAGUGUACAAGGGGGUGAAAAAAAGAAAACUAAAGUGAUUGAGGGAGAGAUCGGAAGUGAGGAGGAUGAAAGCGAUCACGAGGGAAACUAUCACCACGGGGGUAAUGACGUGAAGGAGUCGACCCUACCCCUCCGGAGGAAGAAAAUCCGAGAGAUAGAAAGAUCGUACCAUAGCUACAACCACUACGUAUUACUUGGAAGUGAAGAAUCCAAAAUUUACAAGUACAAUAUAACGAGGAAGAUGUGUGAAGGAGAAUUCAAGGGCGUUAAUGAGAACUGCAUUAUUUGGGAUGUUCUCUACAUAUACAAGACGGACGAGGUGGUGUGUGUAGACAACAGUGGCUCAUUGACUAUCUUCGACAACAGCUCGUUCAGCGUAAAAUACUUUUUUAACCAUCACCUGUACAAGUCGGUAUCCUUAGCGAAGACACUGAAUGAGGAUUAUAUUUUCACGGCAGGAGUCGACAGGUAUAUAAUUAAAUACGCUUUGACACGUGUACGUGGUGGGAGAGGGGGUCUAUCACAUAGGAACAUAGAACAGCAAGUACCUACAUGGGAGAAGAGAAACUAUAAAAUGGUUAAUAACAAAAUGAAUGGACAUAAAAUGAUAUCCCCUUACUCAUCAAUGAAUGGAGGUAACGGUGGAGAAGAAGAACUUUUUUUUCUGCAUAAAGUGAAAGAAGAGAAGGAAUUAAAUAAAAGGUGGUAUCGCAUUAAUAAAAGGUCCACCCAUUUUUCAGACAUAAAACGGAUAAUCCUGCUAACGGGAAAUCUGAUACUUAGUAUAAGUGAUGAUAUGACAUUCUGUCUGUAUGACACCUUCAACCAAAUCAGUAAGUAUAUCCAAAUUGGUAAUGUUGAGAUGAACAGGAAUGUAUACUUUUCCUCCGACCUGAAAAGCGUUUUUUGUACGCACGCUUGGGGGAUAAGUAUUCACUGUAAUAAUAGCUCUCUCUGCGUAGAGAGAGGAAGGAAUGAUGGGUUGCUGGCCCCGAAGUAUUUAGAUAAGCUUAGCCAAGUGAACUACAAACACAUUGCCAAUAUUUCUUAUGGAAAAAAUGAAUUUGUUAAUUCUUGCAUUGUAAAUGAGAGUGGGACGAAAAUCGCUUGUAGGACGAAUAGAAAACUCUCCAUCUAUCACUUCAACAGAGAUGACCUCACCAUAUAUAAUUAUGCCAUCUCGAAAUUAGGUGCCUUUAAAGUUUACGCCUUCGACUUUGUUGAUGAAGACCUGAUGAUAAUUUCCUUUGCGAGGCGUCAUUUAAGCAAGGGGGGUGAAAAGAAGGAGGGCGUGGUAGGGGAGGAUUUGGCAGGGGAGGAUGUGGCAGGGGAGGAUUUGGCAGGGGAGUAUGUGGCCGGGGAGGAUGACAAGAAAGAGGAGAUGUACGAAUUGUACGAACAUGUAGAGGAUGACGAGAUGGACGGAGAUGGAAACAGAAGAGAGUAUUUAUACACCUACCAUGUAGCCAUUUACAAGAUCGAGAAAAAAAAAGUGAAGGAAGAAAUUCAAGUGGAUAGAAUUCUGUGUAAUUUAAAAAAGUACAACAAUGGGAAAUUAAUCAUUUGCACAGAUGAACAAAAAAAUAUAUUUUUAUUUUUUAAAAAUUCAAAAAAGUAUUUGAAAAGAUGUUUCAGAAUUUUCGACUUCAAUUUAAGCAGAAGAAAUAUCCAUCGCAGUUACUUGUUUUCCAUCGUCAUUGAGAAUCUCUUCUUCAUUUUUACGCUGGACAAUUGUGUGUACAUAUAUUCUUUGUCUUAUGGGAAGGGUAAUAAUUUGUCCUUCUUAAAGACUCAGGUUGUCAGAAAUUAUAAACUCUCCGAAUACAGGGAUAUCUCCCUGAUCGAUUUGGGUUUGUGUCAGGGGGGAGUAGAAUAUCCAGAGGGUUGCACUCAAAAGAUGGAAGGAAAGAACGUGGGAGAUCAGGUGGAUGUGACGAAGCACUCACCGUACUUCCAAAGCAAGUACUGUCUCCUCCUGCGGGGCUGCGACAAAAUGAGGAUAAUCGGGCUCAACAUUUCUAACAACCUCUUCAUCAACGUGCAGUUGCCGAAUGUAGAAAAUGCCUUCAAGUACAGUGCCGACAUGGUCGCGCAGUACUACAUAUCGUCACUUAGUUUUCGCUAUAAUUUUCUUAACACAAAGCAGAUAUAUUUUGAAGAUGCAAAUCUUUUUAAUAUCCUCUUGCGUGAAAUGAGGCGGGAGGAAACGGUGGAUCGGUUGGACAUGGCUGAUGAGGAUCGUACGUAUAACGCCUUAAAAGAGGAUAAGGCACUAACGGGAGGAGAAUAUAACAAGGAAGAAGAGUUCACACAGGAGAAAGAUCCAAUCAACACAGAUCUUUUACAACUGUCUUUUCAAUCUAUCAAGUAUCUAAAAAAGAAAAAUAUUUUGAACGUACGUACCUUGUGUACAUCACAGAACAACAUCGUGUUGCUUCUCUGUGUCCCUCAAAAUAUUGACUGCACGCUGAUUAGUGUGGCUGACACGAAGAAAUAUGUUGAAUAG